UUUCAGGAAAAUGAUUAUAUAUUUCGCAUUUCUCAUUUUAACAACCAUGCCUUUUGUAUUUUCAAUAAAAUGUCAUUCAUGUCUCACUUAUUGCAAAACAGUUAAUGGAAAGGUGGAUCCGGUCAAUUGCGACUGUAAAUCGCCACCUAAUGAGCAAUGUUCAGCAAAUGCAUGCUUUGCAAAAGUCGAGCUGUUCGCUGACGAAUCAACAGCUAUUGUUCAGAAAGGUUGCAUAUCGGAUUUCCCGUCCGGACAAAGAGGCUGUCAAUAUGCGAGCAAUAUGGAUACAAUACACUGCUUCUGUGAUCAAGACCAAUGUAAUACCAGACAUAAGUUGGGUAGCUACAUUCCGUCGCGCCUUCCAUCCGUCGAAUGCUGUCAUUGCACUUCCCGUCAUGGUGAAGAUUGCGAUUCGGGAUGCUCUACAAAUUGUCGAGGGAACUAUUGUGUUGUGGAUUUUGAUGGAAAAGAGCAGGGAUGCGGGUUGGGAUAUCCACGACUGCCGUCUUUCUUGCGUGUCGAUGAUUAUCUCGACUAUGAAGGAGAUUAUUUGUGCACCAGAUAUGAAUCCAGCGCCUCCAAUGUGAUGAAUGGUUGCGUGUGCACACACCCAUCUGGCUUGUGUAACGAGUUUAACAAAACCUUCAAUUACCAGAAAAAACAUGUGAUUGAGAGAAAGCAUGAAAAUUUACAUUACUGUUACGCUUUGAUGCACAAAGGAUACAAACCAUUCGGACAGGAAGUAUUUAAAAAAUCAUCAACAUGUGAAGGACACUAUUGCUUCAUAUCUCUUACAACAUCUGAAAUUGUUUUAGAAAGUGCUGAUUUUAAACAUAAUUAUGAAGAUCAUGACGAAUUUGUGGGCGCUGCCAGGCCAAGAUUUGAACUUCAAGCAGGAUGUGUCAAAGUUAACGGCAAUGAUAAAGUGCAAAUCGGUUGCACAGUUGAAACGCAGGGGAACAGUUCGGAAGUUCUUGCAAAGCAUUGUAUAUGCGACAGUCAUUUGUGCAAUUUUCACCACUUGGUUCGCGGAACAGAUGACCCACGCCCGAAAGCUGCGAUUCCGGGGGUAAAGCAGACGACGAAUCAGUUGAAUCCAGUCCGAUUGUAUACUUCAAAUAAGGAAAUUGAUGAGAAUGACAUUCUAUCUGUGAUGAAUGGAGUGAGAGAAGCCCAGAGCAUGACAAUUGGAGCAUUUAUUUGGUUAUGCAUCAGAAUAUUUUAGUGAACACUGACUAUCUCAUGAUUUCCCAACUCCCGAUUCAAAUUUUAUACGGUUGAUUUUCUUUCUACAUUUUGUUUCUUCUCAUUUAAAAAAAAAUUUCAAACUAAAACUAUUUCGGACCGGUUCAAAAAGCUACAUUUGUAAAAAAAUGAAACGUUUUUAUUAGAAAA